AUGGGCAACAUAUUUACAAAUGUAGAGCCUUUUAAUUGGUUAGAAAGAUUGAAAGCCUACGUUUUUACUCGUCGUAAUAAAAUACAAAGUAAUGUUUCUUCUCAACCGGAUCAUACAGGCUGUGUUCCUGUAAAAACGCCAACUAAAUUCAAUGAUUCUACGCAAGAUUCUGAAAUAUUGAAAACAACAGCAUCAUCACCACCGACGAAAGUGACAGCUUCAUCAAAUAUAUGUAGUGACUUUUAUAUGGCAUGUCGUAAUAAUGACUUAGAAAAAGUUAAAAAACUACUUCAAAACAUGACGCCUGAAGAAAUUGAUCGAGUAGAACCAAAUGGUAGUACAGCAUUGCAUACUGCAUGUUUUUACGGUCAUUAUCAUAUUGUUGAAAUGUUAUUAAAAAAAGGAGCGGAUAGAGCAAUACAAAAUCGACAUCAGUGUAUACCCUUUGAUGAAGCCAAAACUAGUGAUAUCAAAGAACUUUUUCUUCGUAUACCAAAUAGUAAUCGACUUGUUACACAGAUUGGUGCUAUUGAAUGGACAUUGAUUGAUGAAGAAGCUGUAGAUAAAGCAAUAGAAGAACGAAGGAUUAUUAAAUCUUUAUAUGAAGAUAAAGUUAAAACCUCAUCAAUUGCUAUAAUGUUUCAAAGAAUUGAAAAAAAUUAUGUUGAUAAAAUAUUAAAUACAGUUGGUGGUAUUGAAAUUGUUAGACAUUUUUUUCAAAAGGCAACACGAGAAAAAGAUCCAAAAUGGUUGAUAACAGCUUAUACAGCUGAAACAGAUUAUUAUAGAGUUCUAAAUACUGAAAUAGCUAAUGGUUCUGGAACAUGUCAAAAUGAACGGAGAUAUAUUAUAGCAUUAAUAUCACAUCAUGAUAGUUUAGAAAAAUAUACAUUUACUGGAAAUUCUUAUCGAGUUAUGCAUAUAAGUAAUCAUGAAAUAGAAAGAUAUCGAGUUGGUUGUUUGACAAUGACCAAAUCAUUUGUAUCAUCAUCAAUUGAUCGAAAUAUUAUUGAAUUAUUAUCAUGGAGACAUGAAGACGCAAGAAGAUUAGAAUUUGGAAAAACUCAACGCAAAAACGUCGAUGGACAAGAAAUUAAAUCAUGGGUAAUAUGCAGGUAUCAUAUUAAACAUCGACGUACUGCAUUACAUAUUGAAGAAAUAUCGCAAUAUGCACAUGAAGGUGAAGUUCUUAUUAUGCCAUAUUCAGUAUUUAAAGUGACUAAAAUUGACACUGAUGUUAAACUCUCAUUUGUUCAAAAUGUUUCACAUGUGACUGAAAUUCAAUUAGAAGAAUGUGAUGAGUAUUCAUCCACAUGA